GAGAUCUUGCAUGGGCUGCCGAUCUUGGGACAGGAAGCGUUUAAUGGAGCGUGGCGACAGAGUGGAUUGACUGUGUGAUAUAGUGGACCAUGGAGCUCACCGUCGUGGAUAUAGCGGAUGAAUGCUUGGAGAAUGUUCUGUGGCUCCCAAGAAGUUGCACUUUCAACGGAGUGCGAGUUAAAUCUGGCCAUAUUUUGUGCCUGCGUGUCAAGGCUUCUGAAGAGAGACAGCAUGUAGCUGCAAAAGUCAGAUUAUUCAGUCCCGGAAGCGAUAUUUCUCGCGAAAACCUUAAACAUAUAUCGUUAGCGUCAUCAACAGCCGCAGCGUGCACUGUAUCACACUGUGAUUGUGUUCUAUCUUCCUCACUUUCAAGAGCACUGCGUACCUCCAAAGGCGAGGUUCUAGUAGUAUCACACCACCUUACCUCCGCCUCCGUGCCUCGCGCAAAGCUUGUCAGAUUAACAAUGGCUUGGCGUACGCAUUCAGUUGGUCAAUACAAGCGAUCAGUAUUGGAUCACCGUCGCCUGAGUGGAACAGAAAUUGGGCAGGCCUUGCUUGGCGAAUAUGCAACCGUUGGGCAAAGUCUUACCCUUUUGAAGAAUGGUCACCAGAUCUCAGUCAUAGUCGCAUCAAUAGUACCAUUUGGGGAUGGGCAGCUUCUGGAGUCCCGAGUCGCCAAGCUGAAUGAAGAAACUGACUACGUCUUUGAGGAAUCGAGCUUUUGCGUGAGUCGCGCGCGCGCGCGGCUAAAAUCUUGCGAUAUCUGGGCUCCAGCAGUAUGCGGGCAGAUAGCAGGAGUGGAUGCAACAGUCAACCUAUUGAUAGAACGAUUUCACUGCUUUGUCAACAACAUUUGUAAUCCUACAAACCUGCACAACUUGGCUCCAGCUCUCACAGCUGGUGUCCUUUUGAGCGGGAGAUCUGGGACUGGAAAAACGAGGUUAGCUCGAGCUUUUGCUGAAAAUUCUGGCGUUUCUUGGAACAUUGUAAACUGUGCGGACUUUCUCAAAUUCAGUGAAGGAGAUGCGGAACUUUACCUUCAUAGCAUGAUCAACGUCCCCGUUGAGGGCCCUCAUAUAGUGGUUCUCGAUGACUUGGAUGCUAUUGCCUCAACUGGGCCGAAGCAGGCGGCACAGGGAAUGGCCAGACGGAUUUACGCCGUCCUCACGAGCUUGCUGGACCCAAGCUUGUCCUCUGCUCAUCUUUGCACCGCCCUCAAUGACACGCCUAAGGGCGGUGUGUUCAUAAUAGGUGUAACCAACCGUCUGCACAAUUUGGACCCCGGUUUGUUACGAUCCGGUCGGCUCGAUCAGGUCCUGGAAAUGGAUAUCGUGGAUGCGCGGCAGAGAUAUUCAAUAUUACGAUACCUAUGCAAAGAGUUACCAAUGGACCCGAAUGCCAGCGACGAUAUGCUGCGGUCGGUCAGCGAAGCCACACAUGGAUUUGUUGGAGCCGACUUGGAAAGUUUAUGCCACACUGCUUUCAUGCAUUGGCAGCGGAAUACGGAAACGCAAAAACAUAUCACAUUGGACCAUUUUCUAUUGGCUCUGAAAACAGUCAAACCGGCGAAUCUUUUGGAACUCACCGCUCAGGUCCCGAAAAGACACUUUUCAGACCUCUUUGGUUUGGAGGAUGUGAUCAAACACGUUCAGACGUCUGUCCUGCGUCCCUUCAAGCAUCUCGAUCGCUAUGCCGCGCUUGGAAUUAAUCCUCCAAGGGGCGUCCUAUUGCACGGACCUGCCGGGGUCGGCAAGAGUGUUCUCAGCUAUGCUCUCGUCCAAGAAGCUGGAUUUAAUUGUAUUUACGUUGAUGGUCCCAAAAUAAGAUCAAAAGUCGUUGGUGAAUCUGAGCAAAAUAUUACAAAAAUCUUUGCUCAGGCCAGAUCUAGCGCUCCAUCCAUACUAUUGAUAGAUCAGAUUGACAUGCUUGUUCCCCGACGCGGGAUGGACAUGUCCUCCGAAAAUACAGGCGAAAGGAUUGUCACUUGUUUUCUCACUGAGAUGGACGGGGUUUUGUCCAAAUCUGCAGGAGCCGAUAACAGAACAGUGUUUAUCAUCGCAGUAACGAACCGCCCAGAUGUCAUUGACGCGGCAAUCCUGCGGCCCGGUCGAUUAGACGAGCACAUUUACAUACCGCCUCCCAAUGCAGAGGCGCGACAUAAAAUAUUUCAAGGAUUUUUGUCACGGAUUCCCAAUAAUCUGGAGACCACCGACUUAUGUCAUUUGGCGCAGUUGUCAGAUGGUUAUACUGGUGCGGACAUUGAGAAUGUAUGUCGAGAGGCGGCGUUGUCGAGGUUAAGAAUAGAUUUAACGAGUGAAAUGAUUGGCAGAGAGGAUCUCCUCGCUGCAAUGGAGAGUGUAAGAAGAAACAUGGCCAGUUAUCCACCGUGAUUGGUCAUGUUAGCUUGUUAUCACUCGAAGAAUAUUUAAUCCGGGAUAUUAGACGGAGGUUGAAUCAAUACAUAUUGAGAUGCAGUAUUUCAUAAGAAGAGUAUUUUAUUGAUGAGAAUCUAUCUUACUUCUCCA